CAGAACCUCUGCGCAGAGCUAUCUCUGCAUACGGGUAUUGGUGUUGCUUGUCUUCUUGGCGCUGUUUGUUUUUCGUUUGGUAUCGUGCGUCUAGAGAAUGAGUCAACUCAAGAUCGACAUACACAACCACAUAUUACCAGCGACGUGGCCCGAUCUUAAAGAGAAAUACGGAUAUGGUGGUUGGAUACAACUACAACAUCAUUGUAAGGGCAAAGCGAAAAUGAUGAAGGAUGGCAAAUUGUUUCGAGUGAUUGAUGAGAACUGCUGGUCACCAGAAGCACGUAUUCAUGAUAUGGACAAGACAGGAGUUACAGUUCAGGCACUUUCGACAGUUCCUGUGAUGUUCAGUUAUUGGGCUAAACCAGAAGAUACUCUUGACCUCUGUCGGAUUCUCAACAACGAUCUUGCUCAAACGGUUGUCAAAUAUCCAACUCGAUUUGUUGGUUUGGCAACAUUGCCUAUGCAGGCUCCUGAACUUGCUGUCGAAGAGUUGAAACGUUGUGUAAAGAGUCUUGGAUUCCAUGGCAUACAAAUUGGUUCACAUAUUAACGACUGGAAUCUUGAUGCUCCUGAACUUCGUCCUAUAUUUGCUGCUUGUGAAGAGCUCGAUGUGUCUAUAUUUGUUCAUCCGUGGGACAUGGAGUUGGGCGGUCGGAUGAAAAAGUAUUGGCUGCCAUGGCUUGUCGGGAUGCCUGGCGAGACAGCAGCUGCUGUCUGUUGUAUGAUUUUUGGUGGUGUUUUUGAGCAGUUUCCUAAGCUUAAAGUUUGCUUUGCUCAUGGCUGUGGUGCAUUUCCAUACACAGUUGGCCGGGUAGAGCAUGGCUUCAAUGUGAGGCCAGAUCUUUGUGCUACAGAAAAUACUGUCAAUCCCAGAAGUUACUUGGGACGAAUAUACAGUGAUUCUCUGGUACAUGAUCCUGAAGCACUCAAGUUAUUGGUCAAUGUUAUUGGAAAGGAUAACAUCAUCCUUGGUUCAGACUACCCAUUCCCAUUAGGAGAGCAUCAUCCUGGAAAGCUAAUUGAGAGCAUGAGCGACUUCGAUGAAGAACUGAAAGACAAGCUGUUGGCUGCCAAUGCAGUAAAGUUUCUCAACCUCGAUCGUGCCAUGUUUGAUCCUCUUUUGAAUGGUACCAAGACGUUGGACCCUCAGUCUAAACGUGCUCGGAUGGACGACGACUAGAACAAGAAGAAAUGACAUUUCAUUAAAUUGAUUAAUCGCGUUUUAUAUAGAAAUCGAUAUUUGCACAACUUCCGUAUUAAAAUUAACAGAGUAGGUGCAAUAACUUUUGUGAUGACCCUUGCAAGACACUCUUACAUUCAAAGAAAUUAUUUCAUAAUUUA